CCCCCCCGAAGGAGCCAGUGCUGAUGUGCCGGUCCAACAACUACCCGAAGGGUUUCUACUGCAGCUGGCACCUGCCUACUCCCACCUACAUCCCCAACUCCUUCAACAUCUCCGUCAUACACGGCACGAGAGAGAUGGUCUGUGAGAAGGACGCCUUUCCCAAAAACAGGUGUCACACCAGAUACCUCCAGCUCUUCUCGACGGUGAAGUACAAGGUGACUCUGACAGUCACGAAUGCUCUGGGCAAAAACUCCACCACUGUCACCUUUGACGAGUUCGCCAUAGUGAAGCCGGACCCUCCGGAGAGCGUGGUCGCCAAACCCGUGCCCAAUAACCCUCGGAGGCUGGAGGUGUCAUGGCAAAACCCCUCGUCCUGGCCCGACCCUGAGUCUUUCCCACUCAAGUUCUUCCUGCGGUAUCGGCCCCUCAUCCUGGAGCAGUGGCAGCACGUCGAGCUGUCGGAUGGGACAUCGCACACCAUCACGGAUGCCUAUGCCGGCAAGGAGUACAUCAUCCAGGUGGCGACCAAAGACAACGACAUCGGCACGUGGAGCGACUGGAGCGUGGCUGUCCAUGCCACCCCCUGGACAGAGGAGCCCAAGCAUCUCACCACGGAGGCCCAGGUUGCAG